AUGCUGUACACUCAUGCCACUGUCGUGACAGUGGAUGCCUCACGUCGUAUUAUCACCGACGGAGCAAUCCGAGUCAUUGGGAAUACCAUUGUGGAUAUUGGGAAGACAAAUCUUCUCAAAGAAAAAUAUGUCGCAGACGAAGAGUGCGAUCUCUCUGGUCGAAUUGUCAUUCCGGGAUUGAUCUCGACACACAUGCAUACCGCACAGACUCUGCUACGCGGUACAGCUGAUGAUCUCGAGCUGGUUUCGUGGCUAUGCGAGAGGAUCUGGGUUCUUCAAGGGAAUUUUACAGCGGAGGAUGGAUACGCCGCAGCACGAUUGAGUAUCGGGGAGAUGUUGAAAUCAGGGACCACCUGCUUUUUGGAAAGCAUGUUCGCCGACCGAUAUGGCUUUGAUGGGCUGUGUCGCGCGGUUGAAGAGAGUGGUAUUCGUGGCUGUCUGGGUAAAAUUGUCAUGGAUAUUGCGAAGUACGCCAAGGAUGAUGCCUGGGCUAUGCAUCCUGGCCUCGUUGAGAAUCGUGAGAUGUCGCUACUUGGGACCGUGAAAAUGUGGGAGAAGUGGAAUGGUGCAGCCGAUGACAGAAUUAGAGUUUGGUUUGGUGCCAGGACUCCGGGAGGAGUGUCGGACGCCUUGUACAAGGAAAUGACCGCGAUUUCCAAGGAAAAGGGUAUACCCAUUACCAUGCAUUGCGCCGAGGUCAAGGCAGAUCGUGACUUUUUCGCCUCGGUCUCGCAUACACCAAUGUCAUACUGCGACUCGGUGGGCCUGUUGACUGAUUCGACGGUCCUGGUGCAUAUGGUUCAUCUGGACGACUCCGAUAUUAAGCUUCUGUCGGCAUCCGGGACACAUGUUGCACACUGUCCAACAUCGAAUGCAAAGCUUGCUUCAGGAAUCUGCAGGGUGCCAGAUCUCCAAAAUGCUGGAGUCAAUAUUGGCCUGGGUACCGAUGGCGCACCGUGUAACAACACUUGUGAUCUUUUGCAGGAGAUGAAGCUUGCGGCCAUUAUCCACAAAGGAAUCUCGCAGGAUCCGACGGUGGUUCCAGCGGAAGAUGUCCUGGAAAUGGCUACAAUCAAUGGUGCCAAAGCGCUGGGCUUGAGUGACAAAAUCGGCAGCCUAGAAGUUGGGAAGAAGGCUGAUUUCGUGGCGAUCGAUGUUCGCGGAAUCCAUACUCAGCCUUGGUUCAACCCGGUCAGCGCGGUGGUCUAUACCACAACAGGACGGGAUGUCGAUCUCGUGGUGGUGAACGGGAAGGUCGUUGUACAGAACGGGGUAUUGAUGACAAUGGACGAGGAGGAAAUUGUGAAGGAAGCGCAAAUAAGAAGUCAAGAGGUAGUCGAACGGGCUGGGUUGGUUGAAAAGGUCCAGGGCCGCUGGCCAGUCGAAUGA